UCAGUCUCUGUAGUAACGUCUGAAGCGGACACACUGAUCUGCCGGAGAACAACACCACCACCAACAGACAAACAAACUGCGCUAGCUUUUGCGCAAACACAACUGGAUAUACACGCGCACGCUUUUACGCGGUUUGGCGUCGUUUGGAACUAAAACCGUGACCGGAGCUGGAUAUUGUGAACUCCUCAGGACGCAGCGCAGGAGCACAAAAAUAACUUUUUUCCCUUUUUUCUCUUUCCUCUGCAGCGAGGGAAUCUCUUUUGUAGCGUUGGUUGCGCAGCGCUGGACCAGAUAUCCAGUAAUUUGCAGUUGUGGUGUUGUUUGUCGAGCCCCGGAGAGGCGGACACCAGAGAAGCGGCGGCUCGGCGGCCACCUGACCUCCUGGAAAAUAAGACGGCAGCUAAUGACACGCAGGCUCACAGCUUUGCGUGGCGCAUUACUGAGCUCUGUGACGGAGCGGGACGAGGCUCCACGAGGCUGUUGCAUGUUCUGUCCCGACGCACCGAUCCGCAGGUGAAGUUUGAAGAAAACAGCCGGUGAUUGGAUUUCACGCUAACUGCUGAUUAAUUAGUGUCAGGUGGGAAAACAAAUUAAUUGGACUCGAUUCAAAUUGUGGUUCAUCCGUCAGAGCCAUGGCUAGAACCGGAGCGCAAGUCCUCCAGCGGUCGUGAUGCCAAGCGCCGGUGUGAUCCCGCGCCACCAGCCCGUAAUGCGCCCCCUCUAACCCCGCACCAGUGUGGCGCCGCGUCCCGGUCACCCCACCGCCAGGAUGAGCAGCACCGACCUGGAGCGCAUGUCGCUCAGCUCUUCGGCAAACUCCCUGGCCUCCAGCGCUCGGACGCUGUCGGCCAACGUGAAGAAGCUGCACAACGCGCUCAACCUCCUGCUCAACGACUUCGAGAGGGAGCAGUUCAUCCACUGCCUCAACGUGUACCACUCCAAGCGCAACGUGUACGACCUGGUGCAGACCCUCAACGUCAUCCUCAACGCGCCCAGCAAGCGGCAACUUCUGCCCAUGCUGCGGCUGGUGAUCCCCCGCUCCGACCAGCUCCUGUUCGAGCAGUACACCUCGGAGGGCCUCUAUUUGAAAUCGGAUUUAGUUGCGAGCAAUGGCAACGCCGAGCCGCCGCCGGGAGACUUCCCCAGCGCCAGCCCGACGCCCCCCGGGCAUUUCUCGCCGAACAACCCGCCGGAGUUCCAGGUGGCGCUGCGGGGCUCGCCGGACAGCUUCAGCACCAGCAGCGACGGGACAGCUCCCCUGGUGCCGCUACUCGGGAGGAACUUUAUCCACGAGCCGCCUGGAGAGCUGCGGCAGGUCACCAUGAAGAGGCACAAGAGCAACGAGGGCCUCGGCUUCAGCAUCCGCGGCGGCUCGGAGCACGGCGUCGGCAUCUACGUGUCCCUGGUGGAGCCGAGGAGCCUGGCGGAGAAAGAGGGGCUCCGGAUCGGCGACCAGAUCAUGAAAGUCAACGACAAAGUGUUCGAGAAAGUCACCCACGCUGAAGCAGUGAAGGUGCUGAAGGGCAGUAAAAAGCUUUGCCUCCAGGUCCGUUCAGUUGGGCGGAUUCCCGGCGGCUACGUCACCAACCAUGUUUAUACCUGGGUCGACCCUCAGGGCCGGAGCGUGUCGCCUCCUCCGGACCUGCCGGAGCAUCGGAGUGCCACCCUGAGACGAACUGAGAGCCAGCGACGCAGCAAUAUGCAGCUACUGCAGGAGGGAGACGAGAAAAAGGUCAACCUGGUUUUGGAUGACGGCCGGUCUCUGGGUCUGAUGAUCCGAGGAGGAGCGGAGUACGCUUUGGGUAUUUACAUCACUGGAGUGGACCAAGGAUCAGCAGCAGAGUGCGGAGGACUUAAGUCUCUGUCUGGUCCACCCUCAAUCCCCCCGACCUCGCCUCUCUGUGACUUUCCCUCCCUGCAGAUCGGCGACCAGAUCCUGGAGGUGAACGGCCGCAGUUUCCUCAGCAUCCCCCACGACGAAGCCGUCCGGGUCCUGAAGUCGUCGCGGCACCUGAUGAUGACGGUGAAGGACGUCGGACGGCUGCCCCACGCCAGGACGGUGGUGGGCGAAACCAAGUGGAUCGCCAGCUCACAGAUCGCAGAGAGUUCGGCCAACAGCAGCGUGGCAGGCUUCUCUAUGGACCAAGGAGCGUCUGCAGCAGGAAAGCCGGGGUUCUAUAAAGGCGUGGCGGGCUCCCAGGUGACCCUGUCCAGUCUGGUGAACCAGUCUAGAGCCAUGCUGGAGGAGCAGGCCCGCCACCUGCUGACGGAGGCCGAGCGCCAGACCAUGGGCUACUACGUGGAGGAGUACCGGGACGGGCACAUCGGCGUGGACCAGCUGGUCAUGGCACUGUUUGAGCUGCUCAACACCCACGCCAAGUUUUCUCUGCUGUCGGAGGUUCGAGGUCUGGUAACCGCCCAGGAUCUGGAGCGAUUCGACGGUUUGGUGCUUCGACGUGAGAUUCAGGCUCUGAAAGCUCGACAGGGGACGGCCGGAGCCUCGGCCCUGCAGCCGGACUCCCUGUCCAUGGUGUCGUACCCGGACACCCUGACGUCGUCUUCGGCCAGCUUCAUGACCAACACCACCCUCAGCUCUGCACGGAACGACAGCGUGGUGGAGACUAAUGAGGAGGAUCCUCCGGAGAGUCUGAACACGCUGCUGACCGACAUCUCUCUGGAUGACGUUCAGUCCACCACAGCCGAGUCUCCCCCCUCCUUCAAGCCUCCUCCCCCUCCAGGGGUGCAGAGGCGUCCAAGUAGACGAGAUCUGCUCAACAAGUGUCCCUCGUCCGAAUCCUCCCACUCAGGCUUGUACUUCACUGCACCGACCUCUCACAACCACAGCAGAGAUCCGGGACAGUCCGCCGCCUCACCCUCACUGCACCACAAACGCCCCAAGGACUCGUCUCGGGAGUACGCCACCAUCAGAAAGAGAGAGCCGACCGUACCGCCCAAAAAAGAGCAAAUAGCAUCCGCUCAGUUGUCCAGAGUCGCCCAGCACAACAUUGGCCCUUUUCCUAGAGUUCAGUCCCCCAGCAGAGGCACCAAACCUGCCGCUCCGUCCCCUUCACCUCCACCUCCACCUCCACUCCCUGCUCCUACUCUGCCCCCUGCCCUGCCCCUUAAACCAGCCUCUAUGUCUAAAGCCUCCCCUGCUUCAUCUGCUGCCACUAAGCAGCAGUUUGUUACAGUGGAGGUUCACAGGCCCAAUGCAGAACCUGACGUCAACGAGGUUCGACCGCUGCCUCAAGCUCGAGGCGGCGCCUUGUCUCAGCUGUCAGACAGCGGACAAACCCUCAGCGAGGACAGCGGCGUGGACAUAGCUGAGUCAGGACACGUCAGCAAAGACAGUAGCCCCCAUUCCUCACGCACCCGCCUCCCCCGAGACCCCCAGGGGGGCGGGGGGGACAACAGCAACCCCUCCAAACCGCCGGGGCUGUUGGAGCCCACGUCUACACUAGUGAGGGUGGCUAAGAGUGCCAGCACCCUGGGAAUCGCCAUCGAGGGCGGAGCCAACACUCGCCAACCGCUACCACGGAUUGUCACAAUACAGAGGGGAGGUUCGGCUCAUAACUGCGGCCAGCUGAAGGUGGGUCAGGUGAUCCUGGAGGUAAACGGGGUUUCCCUGAGGGGCCGCGAGCACAGGGACGCCGCCCGCCUCAUCGCCGAGGCCUUCAAGACCAAAGAGAGGGACCACGUGGACUUCCUGGUGACUGAGUUCAAUGUGGCCCUAUAGCUGAAGGUAGCACCGACAGAAGAGGAUGAUGGUGACGAGGGGGAGACAUUCGAGCGUCUGUUGAUUUUUAAAGGCACAACUCGUAGAUUAAAAAAACCACCACCUGAUCUCUGAGCCCUCCUCCUCUCUCACAAACCCCCGAAACACUCGAUUUACAAGGCAUUACUGUCGCUGUGGAUUCCCUCCAGGAUUCUCCUCAACGUUCUUACCUCCCCACUGUGAGACCUUAAAGCACUGCAGUGGGAAAUUGUGAAACCUACACUUUCUUCUUCUUUUUUAAAUUUUCUUCUUCUCUCAGCGUUAAAACUAGUGGAUUUGCAAAAAAAAAACCAAACACCGGAACUUACUCAGAACACUCCCAAAACUAAUUUUAUUUGACCUACUUUUGCUUCUGUCUGAGAGAAAACCGCACAUGUGAGACUGAUUUGACGCUUGACUUUACAAGUUUGGAUUUGUAUAUGUAAAAAUGGACAAAUGUAGAUACAGAUGCAUAUAUAUAUAUAUAUAUAUAUAUAUAUACUGUACACAUAAAAUACUCCUAUAUGAAUUAAAAACCUGUAACCUCUG